GUUGUUGCUGGGUCGCCGUAGUCGCCGGUUGAACAAGCAGCCGGUUGGGGAUUACUUACGUUAAAUCUGUUAGGGAAAAUAUCGGAGUCGGUUUAAGUUCUCAGACCAACAUCAUACCGCCACAUCAAACUUGGUUUCUCGAAAGGAAUUAACCUGCGCAUCAUGCAGAAAAUGAGCUACUUCUCCCCCCUGCUCUUCGUGUGCCUGGAUGUGUGUGUUGUGCACGCCAUCCGCUUGGCCCAGCUCUCCCCUCUCCUCAUCUCCCACCCGUUCAUCACCCUGUGGGGAGGAGGGUUGGUCAGGGCUUGCUUCCUCGCCCUCCUCACUCUUAACUCCUCUGGAAGCCUGCCAUGGAUGAGGAGCUUUGAGGGGCUACAGAGCGUAGGGGUCCUUUGCUUCCACUUCCCUGUGUACACCACUCUUCUCUGGGCGCUAGAGCAGUCUAUCAUGGAGAAUCUGUGGGGGUGGCACUCCUGGGAAAGGGUGUUACAGGGUUAUGUUGUGACGGUGGUGGCGUGGCUCUACUGGAGUCGAUAUGUGUCAUCUCUUUUUCUCUUCCUGGGUCGAAGCAUCUCAUCUCUGUUGACCAAGACGCCCGCUGAGAAGCCCAAAGACACCCAGACCCCUCUGAAGAGGCUGAUGGGAUACAUGCGGCCCUAUCUAUGGAACUUUGUUUUUGUGCUGUUACUCGUGGUUCUCUCUUCUUAUUGUGAGAUGGCAAUCCCGAAGUACAUUGGUCGUGCGGCUGACUGGAUCAUAAGUGAAGAAACAUCUGAUGCAUUCACAGAGGCCAUCAGAAUCAUGGCACUUGUGACUUUUGUCAGUGCUGUGCUUGAGUUUGUAUGUGACCUCCUGUACAACGUCACCAUGAGCUGCAUACACACCUCAGUGCAGGGAGCCGUCUUCCAGGCUGUGCUGAAACAGGAGAUCGCUUUCUUUGAUGACACUAAAACAGGUGAACUGGUGUCCCGCGUUACCACGGAUACCAACGAUAUGAGUGAGGCACUGAGUGAGAAACUAAGUCUUGUGAUGUGGUACACGGCGCGUAUUGUCUUCAACAUAUACUUCAUGUUCAGCCAGUCAUGGAAAAUGUCCCUGCUUAAUUGCAUGGCACUGCCCAUCCUCUGGGUCAUCCCCACGCUCACUGGACACUUCUACCAGACCAUUGCUGUAAAGGUUCAGGAGUCACUGGCUAAGGCCAACCAGGUGGCCACAGAAACCUUCUCCUGCAUGAAGACGGUGAGGAGUUUUGCCAACGAGGAUGGUGAGACGGAGAGGUACAGACUGCAGCUGGAGGACACUUACGCUCUCAACAAAAAGGAAGCAGUAGGCUAUGCAACCUCUAUCUGGACUAACAGCAUGACCACCUUGACCCUAAAGGUGUGCAUUCUGUACUACGGAGGGACUCUGGUGACCAGAGGGGGCAUUAGCAGUGGAGACUUGGUGUCAUUCAUAAUGUAUGAGCUGAAGUUUGCAUCUUGUAUUGAGGCUGUCAUGCAUUAUUACCCAGCUGUGAGGAAGGCAAUUGGUGCCUCUGAGAAGAUCUUUGAGUAUUUGGAUCGCAAACCCAAAUUACCCCCAAAGGGCACUUUGGCCCCCAAAAAUCUCAAGGGACAUAUUGAAUUCAAAAAAGUAAAAUUUUCCUAUUCUGCCACGACGGACGAAAGCAAUCUUGUGCUCAAGGACGUGUCUCUGGAGAUAAAGCCAGGCCAAGUCACUGCCCUUGUGGGGCUUAACAGAUCAGGGAAGUCCACCUGCGUCAAGCUGCUGGAGAGGUUUUACCAGCCCCAAGCUGGGGAGAUCCUACUGGAUGGGAAACCACUGCAAAGCUACAAAGACCAGUACUUACAUGACAAGAUUGCUGUGGUGAGCCAAGAUUGUCUGCUGUUUGCUCGCUCUGUGAGGGAGAACAUCAAGUACGGCAACAAGGAUGCCUCUGAUGAGGAGAUGCACAAGGCUGCCGAGAUGGCUAGUGCUCACGAGUUCAUCAUGAAGCUGCCAAGUGGAUAUGACACAGAUGUCGGGGAGAAGGGAAGCCAGGUGUCUGGAGGCCAGAAGCAACGCAUUGCCAUUGCCAGAGCUUUAAUCAAACGUCCUAAAAUCCUCAUACUGGACAACGCCACCAGUGACUUGGACACAGAGAAUGAAUAUCAGGUGAACCAAGCUUUGCUAAACCAAAUCAACAACUGCUCCGUGCUGUUGAUAUCCAACAGGAUGAGUGUUGUAGAAAAGGCCAAUCAUAUAUUUGUCCUCGACAACGGUAUGCUAAAGGAGGAGGGCGCUCAUGAUGAGCUGUUGAAGAAAGGCGGUCUUUAUGCUGAACUGGUGAAAAAGCAGAAUAUGGGCUUUCGCGGUCAAGAAGUGGAGAGGAAUGAUGCAAACUGAUCCCCGCAGGCGGCGGGGUGUUGCCCUCAAGUCAGAGAAGCAAUCGAGUCAAAACUCCAGCUAUACUUGUCCUAUAAAUAACAACUUCAUUGUGAGACCACACUUCAUACUACAAGUGUUAUGUGAGGUUUUUUUGCCUAUUAAGAAUACUUUCCUUCUUCAUGCACCUUGGAAGUAGGUGAAGUUGUACUUUAAAUGUCCUUCUCUUGUUCCAGUAUAUUGCAAUUUACAUUGUGAUAUUGAAGUUUAUCGUAACAAGUAAUUCUGUGGAAAAUGACCAAAUUUGACAUCACAUUGUUGCAAAAAUCAGAUUUUUUUUUGCCUGUAUUUGACAGAUAACAGAUAAAAAUGGGGGCGAGAGAGGGGUGUGACUGGACGUUGUAGUUAUAUGGUAUGCUCUGUAACCACUCAGCGCACUAGGCACUAAAAAACAUUUUAAUCAUCCCAUGGUAUACUUUCCAUCAUAUCGCCCAAGCAGCUCCAAUAUGCCAAUGGGGGUGAAAUAUAGUGCUUGUAUACAUUUUUCAUAUUUGUCUGUUUUAUUUUUUAUGAUUCUUUACUUAUGUACAUUUUUAAACCUGUUAGUAAGUUUAUUUUUUUAAGUUUUGGCUUUAAAAUAUCAAUGCUUUUAGUCAGGGUUACCCAGUGUAAAUGUUUUAAUUUCUGAAAAAAUAAUAUUUGUGCAAUGUGAAUGUAAUUUAUUUUUUACAUUCCUUGUCCUGGAAGCAGCAAUUUGGGGCUCUCGUCAUGUCACUGUUCAAGUGUUGGAUUUUGCUUGCAAUUAAAUGGAGUUUUCCAAAGUUUGAUUCAA